AUGGGCUCCUUGUUUAGGAGUGAGGAGAUGCGCCUCUGUCAGAUCUUCCUGCAGACUGAGGCCGCUUAUGCCUGUGUUUCUGAGCUAGGAGAGCUUGGGCUGGUGCAGUUCAAAGAUCUGAAUGAAAAUGUGAAUGCCUUUCAAAGAACUUACGUAUCACAGAUUCGUAGAUGUGAAGAAAUGGAAAGAAAGCUUAGAUACACAGAGAAGGAAAUACUGAGGGAUAAAAUGAGGAUCCCAGAUAUCCUUGAUAAUCCAAAAGCGCCAGCACCUAAAGAAAUGAAUGAUCUAGAGGUGGAAUUUGAGAAGAUGGAUAAUGAACUUCGUCAAGUAAACACUAACAAUGAGGCACUCAAACAAAACCAUUUGGAGCUGCGAGAGCUGAAGGAAGUCCUAGAUGGCACACAGACCUACUUUGCUGUGUAUGGUCAGGAUAUUCAGCACAUGAUGAAUGAAGAGACACAGGGUCAUGAGGAGGCCAUCAUUGGAACAAGAUCACAGCAGACAGCUGCUCUUGGAUUCUAUGUGGGCACAAUUCCGAGAGAGAAGGUCCCAGUCUUUGAGAGAGUGAUGAGGUUUGUCACCCAUGGCACUGUCUUUCUGAGAAUUGAGGAGAUUGCCAAGACAUUUGAGGAUCCCGUGACUGGAGAUGAGAUGCAUAAGUGCAUGUUUUUGGUGUUUUACCAAGGAGAACAGCUGAGAAACAAGGUCAAGAAAGUCUGCGAAGGAAUGAAGGGAACCAUUUACCCAGUGCCGGAGUCUACCCAGGAGAGACAGGAAAUGUUGCAUGGUGUCAAGACCAGAAUCGUUGAUUUGGAAAAUGUGCUGGCUCAAAGCAACGAACAUCGCAAGCGAGUUCUGUCUAAGGCCCAGAAAGAGAUCAGAGCAUGGACAAUCAAAGUGGAAAAAAUCAAGGCCAUUUACCAUACAAUGAACAUGUUCAAGGUCCACCUCAACAGCUUGACCGCCGAGUGUUGGUUCCCUGUCAAGGCCAUAGAUGACAUCCGACGGGCCCUCAGCAUUGGUGAGAAAAUCAGUGGCAGCACAAUCCCCAGUGUGAUCCAGCCCAUGGUGACCGAUGAGAAUCCACCCACCUACUACAACUGCAACAAGUUUGUCAAGGGCUUCCAGAACAUUGUACACUCCUAUGGUGUUUCCACGUACGGAGAGGUUAACCCAGCUCCCUACACCGUGAUCACCUUCCCAUUUCUGUUUGCUGUCAUGUUUGGUGAUGCUGGACAUGGGUUCAUCAUGUUCCUGUUUGGCUUGUUCAUGAUCAUAAAGGAGAAAUCCAUUGGCUCUAAGAAACUCACCAACGAGAUAGCAAACACCUUCUUUGGUGGUCGCUACAUCAUCAUGAUGAUGGGCCUGUUUUCCAUCUACACUGGCGUGAUCUACAAUGAUGCAUUCUCCAGAUCUUUCAAUAUUUUUGGGACGCAUUGGUAUCCAAAUCUUACAGACUCAGAGUUGAGGAGUUCAGAGAACAUACAGCUGAAUCCUAUGUUUGCGCACAAGAAUUCGUCAGCCUAUCUCAUUGGUGUUGAUCCUAUUUGGCAGUCGGCUAAAAAUAAGAUCCUUUUCUUGAACUCAUUGAAGAUGAAAAUGGCCAUCAUUCUUGGAGUCAUUCACAUGUUGUUUGGUGUGUGUCUCAGUGUUUUCAACCAUCUGCACUUCAGAAGUUACAUUGAUAUCUUUGUGAAGUUUAUUCCUGAGCUGCUGUUUCUGGGAUGUCUGUUCGGCUACCUGGUGGCUAUGAUCUUCUACAAGUGGAUCAUGUUUGAUGCAUCUAGGGCAUCUUGUGCUCCAGCAUUGCUCAUUCAUUACAUCAACAUGUUCAUGUUCAAGUACACAAGCCCAAUAAAUGGAGAGUUGUGUGAUCCUAACCUGACCUUUUAUAAGGGACAAGAUACAACACAGUAUAUCAUGUUCUUUCUGGCCAUUUUGUCCAUUCCUGUACUGCUUAUUGCCAAACCAGUUUAUGUGGUCGUAACUCGCAGGUCACGAGCAAAGAAAUCAGAUUCCUACCACCCUUCGGAUCCACUGAUUUUCAAUGAAGUUCCACCUGAAGAUUCUGAAAUAACAUUGCAGGUUUAUCAAAAUAUCAAUCAAGGCUUCCAGGAUGAUGGUCAUGACAGCUUUGGCAAUGGACAUCCCAAGGAGGGCCCCACCAAUGGGACGGCUGUGGCUGUGGCCCACGACCAGCAGGCGCCUGCACAGAGUCAUGGUGGUGGUGGUCAUGGACAUGGAGAUGAGGAAACUAGUGAGAUGAUCAUCCAUCAAGUGAUUGAGACCAUUGAGUUCUGCCUGGGAUGUAUCUCUCACACAGCUUCAUAUCUCAGGUUGUGGGCUCUCUCCUUGGCUCAUGCUCAACUUUCUGAGGUCUUGUGGCACAUGGUGUUGAGUCUGGGGCUGACUGUGGCUGGCAGAUACGUUGGUGGUGUUGUUACUUUUGUGAUCUUCUUCUUCUGGGCCAACCUGACCGUUGCCAUCCUGCUGUUGAUGGAGGGGCUCAGUGCUUUCCUGCACACACUGAGGCUUCACUGGGUGGAGUUCCAGUCCAAGUUCUAUGAGGGUGAAGGCUAUGCUUUUGAGCCUUUUACCUUCAGGCGUAUCCUGCGGAUGCAGUCGCUGGAAGAGGUGACUUCCUAA